AUGGGCAAGUACACAGCUUUUGAUCUAGACAUUUUGAAAAUCAGUGUAAAUGAACUUCUACAUGUACAACAACCCGAAAGGGAAUUGAGCAACCCAUUACCCGAAAAGGUGACCAAACAACAAGGGACCCAUAUGGCAUACUCAGACAUGGCGAAGCAGUUGACACCUUUAUCCAAAGUCACAGACUUUGUCACACAACUCCAUCAACAGAAAUCUACCGGCGAAUCACCAGUGUCGCAAAUAGUAAAAAAACACCCCAAAGUGUUCCAAGGCAUUGGAAAGCACAAAUAUCGUCAAGUGGAGUUAAUAAUUGAUGACUCGGUCCAACCAAAGGUUCAGGCGCAACAUAGAAUUCCAUUCCCAAAGAGACAGCAAUUUGAAGAAAUCAUUCAGGAGCUCGAGGAAGCUGACAUCAUAGAACAAGUAGAAGGUCCAACGGAGUGGAUAUCCAACGUAGUGCUGACCCCGAAAGCAGAUCCAUCACAGCUUCGAAUGAAUAUUGAUAUGACAACCGCAAACGCUGCAAUAAAACGCACAAGACACGUGAUACCAACACUAGAGGAACUGAGGUAUAAACUGAAUGGUGCCACCCACUUCACUAAACUGGACAUGAAACAGGGAUACAUGCAACUGGAGCUAAAACAGGAGUCAAGAUAUAUGACAACAUUCUAUACUCAUCGCGGACUUCGACGUUUUAAACGAUUGAACUUUGGAACGAACUCAGCAGCAGAAUUAUUUCACGAAGAGAUUUUGCAAUGUCUGAUAGACAUAGACAAUGCAGAUAACCUGUAUGAUGAUAUCAUUGUGUACGGAAAGACACAACAGGAGCACGACAUAGCUCUUGCACAAGUCUUACAGAGAUUCGAAGACUGUGGAUUGACAUUGGGACUACCCAAAUGCAAGUUUGACCAGCCAGAAAUUGAAUUUUUUGGGAUGAAAUUCUCAGCAGCAGGCAUGUCACCAACGGCAGACAAGGUAAAAGCCCUAAUCGAAGCUCCAGCGCCCACAUCAGUUGCAGAGGUCCGUUCAUUCCUUGGGAUGGCCAACUACAGUGCCAACUUCAUACAACACUACUCGGAAACCACCGCACCGCUACGGCACCUAACGAAGAAAAAUGCCCGGUUUCAGUGGACGAAGGAAUGCCAGAAAGCUUUCGAGACCUUGAAACAAGCAAUGGCGAGCCCUCAAGUUAUGUCAUAUUAUGAUCCCACCAGACCAACAGAACUCAUUGUCGAUGCCUCUAAAUAUGGACUAGCCAGCAUGCUCACUCAGCUCGACCCCAAAACAGGGCAAUACAAGGUAGUUCGGUAUGACAGCAGGUCCACCACACAGCCAGAAUCCAGGUAUGCUCAAAUAGAGCUCGAGAGCGCAGCAGUCGAAUUUGCGAUCAGAAGAAACCACAUUUAUCUCUAUGGUCUACCAGAAUUCAGCGUUAUCACAGACCACAAGCCAUUACUACCGCUUUACAACAGCUACCGAGCAGACAUGCCCCCAAGAAUACACAGACACAAGCUCAAUCUACAAGGAUAUACCUUCAACUUAAAACAUAAACCCGGGAAAGACAACCCAACCGACUACAUGUCCCGACAUCCUACCCAAAUACCAGAUCCCAGGGAACAAAAAGAACAACAAGAGGCACAGUUGAUCAAUCAUCACAUAAAUGCCAUCAUCUGA